AUGUAGAACAAAAAAGUUAAUAGUUUGCUUUUAUAAGUUAAUCUUAUCUUUCUUUACUUUCAAAGACAUUUUUAGUUUGACUUCAAUCUUUCUUAUUAAUUAUUCUAAAUAAAUUACACAACUGAUAAGAAUUAAUAGAUAGAUAGACAGAAAGAUUGA